AUGAAGAUUUCUUCAUACAUGCUAGCUUUGAUCGGAGUCUUUACAGAUUCAUAUGUGCAAACGGAUCCUACUCCGGAUCUGGGCUACGCUGAGCUAUGGCGCCUUCAGCACGAGUUCUACGAACGAUGGAUUACCCCCAACAAUGUGAAAGAAGCCGAAUCUGUCAACUCAACUAUAUUCUCUGACAAUAUCCAAGGUCGCGUUUCUGACACGCGCACCUUUGUAGGCCGUGAACUCAACACAGAGUACAUCUUUGGGCUGUUUAUGCCCUCAGACUCUCUAUCUAUAAUUGGAAAUCCGACAGAGUUCGAAAUUAUUCAGUUUGCGGCGGUCCAGAAUAUCGCAUCGGCGACCACGCGCGUCAACUUUACCUUUCCGGCGUUCAAUAAUAUCUCUCUUCCCGUUGCGAUCAACACAUGGAUGACGUGGAAUUCUGCUCGUCAAAUAACGCAGUACGAUGUUGUAUUCAAGUGGUUCGGAAACCUCUUCCAGACUCUCAUCCUGAGUUUGGGAGGCUCUUUCGAGGAGGCCAGCGACCAGACAGUAAACAGGAUUGCUACUUCGAUAUGCAACUCGCAUUCGAGAUAUUGCAAUGGCACGAACACGCAAUACAAAUCUUGGGAAGAAUGCUAUAGUUUUCUUAAGAAGGAGAUACGCGUAGGACAAAGCUUCGAGUUUGGUAUGAACACGCUCAUGUGCCGCAGUGUGCACGAGCUCAUGGUCAAGUAUCGGCCUGAAGUUCACUGCAGCCACAUUGGCCCUACUGGAGGUGGAGAGUGUGACGACUCAAUUACAUAUAUGGAGAAAGUAGAGGAAAGACUGGAUGUCAACUCGCCAUGGAUUGCUACCAGGCAGUAG